CACACACAAAGCCAUUGUAUCUGUGAGAUUAUUCACACAUCUAGCCUGUCAGGGAGCUAGGCAGUUACCUCAGUAAAUGUGUACUGACAGGAGUUAACAGCUUUACAAAAUAGUACAAUAUAAGGGAUGAGGAUGGUGAGAACAGCUGGCCAGAAAGCAGAGGCAGACUUUUGUGGAAGUGCUGUGAGCAUCCUCGGCACCAUCCAGAGAACACUCAUCCCAGGGACCUUCCUCUUUAUCCUGGUUGUGGGACUAACUUUGAAUGUGUCUGUCAUCUGGGUCCUUGUGUUCCGGGUGAAGCGCUGGAACAGGAGCACUGUUUUCCUCUGUAACUUGGUUUUGGCUGACAUCACUUGGAUCUUAACCCUCCCCUUCCUGAUCUACUACCAUCUCCAUCAGCUGCACUGGAUCUUUGGAGAUGCUCUUUGUAAGAUUACCAGGACAAUUUACCAUGUUUGCUAUUACUGCAGCAUCUACUUUGUCACUUGUCUGAGUGUGGAUCGCUAUUUGGCCAUUGUGCAUCCAUUAAAGUCUUUGUGGUUGUUAAAUAAACAACAGUCGCUACUGAUUUGCCUCUCCAUAUGGGCAGUAACUAGCUUGGUCAGUGUGCCAAUCUCCUAUGUUGCCAGCACUCAGAUAUGCCCAGACAACAAAACUAUCUGCUCUCUUUAUGUAUUUUCCAGCUGCACCUAUAUAACACUGCCCCUUUCCAUGUGCUACACGGUUGCUGGUUGCUUGCUGCCUUUCACUGCUAUUUGCUACUGUUACUGCAGCAGUGUCAGGACAUUGCAAAAGACUGGCCUUCAUCACUCUCAGAAAAGGGAUAAGCUCACCAAGAUCAUGUACUCUGUUCUGAUCAUUUUUGCUCUCCUUUAUUUUCCUUACCACCUGUCACGAAACACCUGCAUCUUCUUUAGAGCACUGUGGUCCCAUGCCAGUAGGUCUAUUGAGCAUGCAGAUACUGUGUUCUUUGUAGAGAUAGCAGUGUGUAGCCUUAAUACUUGCAUCAACCCUCUCUUCUGUUUCCUGGCAGGUGGGGAUUUUCGAGACCAGGUUUGCAAAAUAGCCUCCUCUUACUCUCACACCAGAAUCUGGAGGACUCUGCAACAAAGGACCUCUGUGUAUCCAGCAUAAUUCUAUUCCUCCACAAAACUAGUUGUGUCAAGAUGACAACUAUGAGCAGAAUUUUAGCCCCUUUAUAGUCAAUGGCAAAACUCUAAUGACUUCAGUUGUCAGGAAUUCCCACCUUGGAGAUGUUUUGAUCUCUCAAACUUGUAAGAAGCAUUAACUGGGGCAAUUUAAUUCCAGAUACGUGGGAGAUGCUUAUAAGCAAUAAAAUUAUUUAGUCUAAAAUUAGUGAAAUAGCCUAGGUCUAUUUCAUUCAAAACGCUAAAAAUUAAUGAAGUGGUAAGGAGAGUUGGCUGGAAAAUGAAACUAAUGGGCUAAAAUAUUACCAUUUCAGAAGGUUGAAAACGGAUCCUUUUUUGGUCAAAAUUGAUCAUGACACUUUAAGCAAAUGUACCACUGAAAAUGUUAACAAAAUGACUACCAUUGCACCUCCCAAAACCAGGACACUCUGGUCUGGCAACAUCCAGGGUCUAGAAGCCUGGUCGCAGAAGGGAUGGCAGCAGUGGAUCUGGGGUCAGAGCUAGCAGCCCAGCUGCAAGCAGCAAGACUGGCAGCCCAGUGAGGCUGGCAGGAGGGGAGCCAGACAGCAGUCCAGUGUGGCCAGUUGUGGGGGGAAGCAGCUGGGGCUGAAGCAGAGCCAGUGGCAGGAAAAGGGUGGUGGGCAGGGGGUGCUGCUGGCAGAGGACCUCCCCUGGUCCUGCAAAUGCCCUCGUUCCAGACCGGUCAGAUCCAUAGGGUGCCAGACCAGGGAGAUCCAACUGUAUUGACAUUUUUCACUUACCAGAACCCUCGUUCUGAUAAACAAAUAUGUUUGUUUAUUGACUCUUUUUUUCCCAUUUUUUGAAAAUUUCAACAUUUUCAAUGCUUUUCAUAUUUUUCAAAG